AUGGGUGCUGGAGCAAGCGCCGAGGACAAAAAGUCCAAGGAGUUGGAAAAACAACUCCAAGAAGAUGGUGAUAAGGACUCUAAAACCGUCAAGCUUUUACUGCUUGGUGCUGGUGAGUCAGGGAAAAGCACUAUUGUAAAACAAAUGAAGAUUCUGCAUCAAGGUGAUUACACAAAAGAGGAACAAUUGGAGUUCAGAGCCGUCAUCUUUGGCAACAUCCUGCAGUCUACUCUGGCUAUCAUCAGAGGCAUGGAGAUAUUGGGCAUUGAUUUUGGAUCGUCCGGUACACAGGAGAAUGCACAGAAGCUGCAGAACUUGUCUGACUCCAUUGAAGAAGGCACAAUGCCUGUUGAGCUGUCCGAUGUCAUCAUGAAGUUGUGGAAAGACACCAGUGUGCAGGCCAGCUUCGACAGAGCUGCUGAGUGCCAACUCAACGACUCUGCUGGCUCCUACCUCAAUGAAAUGGACCGAAUCAGCAAGCCAGAUUACCUCCCCACUGAGCAGGACGUGCUGAGAUCUCGAGUCAAAACCACUGGUAUCAUUGAGGAACAGUUUUCCUGCAAAGAGUUGUACUUCAGGAUGUUCGAUGUGGGUGGCCAGAGGUCAGAGAGAAAGAAGUGGAUCCAUUGCUUCGAGGGUGUGACCUGCAUCAUCUUUUGCGGAGCUCUCAGUGCAUACGACAUGGUGCUGGUAGAGGACGAUGAAGUGAACCGCAUGCACGAGUCCCUCCAUCUAUUCAACAGUAUCUGCAACCACCGAUUCUUUGCACUGACCUCCAUCGUGCUUUUCCUCAACAAGAAGGAUCUCUUUGAAGAGAAGAUCAAGAAAGUCCAUCUGAGUAUCUGCUUCCCAGACUACAAUGGCUGCAACUCGUACGAAGAUGCCGGCAACUACAUCAAGUCGCAGUUCUUGGAACUGAAUAUGAAGAAGGGCGUGAAAGAAAUCUACUGCCACCUGACCUGUGCCACAGACACAAGGAACGUCGAGAUUGUGUUCAACGCUGAGACAGACAUCAUCAUCAAAGAAAACCUUAAAAGUUGCGGUCUCUUCUAAGCAGCUCAAUGGUGAAAAGAGUGUCCCGUUGGAGCACAGAAGAUCGUGUUACGGGUGUGUUCCAUGCCAAGUCCCGGUCCUGGACUGCUGGUAGCGCACCACCAUCUCCAAUAUAACAUCCCUGCAACACAAUGCACGCCCAGCUGGGUUGAAACAAUCAUCAAGUCACCGUAUUGUUGUUGUGGACGUGCAGCUUUCUACAAGGUUCCCUAAAGUUCAGUAUUUGUCUCACACCAGACGCUGCUGGUUUGAAGGUAUGAAGAUGAAGUAGUUGCUCAUCCGAUCCUCGUCGCUUCCUUUUGACUAACGCUACUGUGUUGUGAGUCCUAUUUAUCUUUAACACCAAUCUCUGUAAAAAAAAUA